GAAACUAUACAAAUCCAUUACCCAGCACCAUAUACGAGCUCCAAUUUUCCCAUACCAAUUGGAAGUCUUUAGGCUCAAAAUUUAUCCUUAAUUAGGUCAGAUUUAAAGACAAGUCACAUGUGCGUGGAUAUUUUUUUGUCAUUUCCGCUUGAGAAUUACAUAGAAUUGGCGACAGACCAACACGAGUUUGGAUUAUAAAGGACACUCAUAUUUUCUUUUUCCUUUUGCAGAGAAAUCAUGUGACAUGCGCUCUCACAUACACACAUAUAUAAAACAAUACCAAGCUACAAGCAAUCGCGAUUUGCAGCACCGCGAUUAGCAAUAUGGCCAAAUCGCACGUUGAAUGUCUCCUAAUAUAAGUGUUUUCAAACUAUGCAUAUGGAAUGUCGCUUCUCUAGACAUCACAAAUACACCUAUAUAUAAUAGCUCCCCUAUACACAAAUCCUAUACUCCAAUCACACUCUUAAUCGUAGACAUGGCUCCAUUACUCCUAAUCAUGUCCGUCCUCCACCUGCUCGCCACCUUCCGACCAGCAUCCGCCGAAAUCGGCGUCUGCUACGGCACCCUCGGCGACAACAUCCCGCCGGCGGCGGAGGUAAUCUCACUCUUCAACCGGAACAACAUCACCCGGAUGCGGAUCUACGACCCGAACCCGGCCACCCUCCAAGCGCUACGUGACACCAACAUCCAGCUCCUCCUCGACGUCCCCAACGAGAGCCUCCAAGCCCUCGGCUCGAGCCGGGAAGCCGCCACGUCAUGGGUCCGGACCCACGUGGCACCCCACGCUGGCACCGUCAAGUUCCGUUACAUCGCCGUCGGGAACGAGGUCAAACCCACCGACCCUUCGUUCCAGUACAUCGUCCCGGCUAUCCAGAACAUCCACUCGGCAAUUUCGGCCGCCGGCGGCGGCCUCAGCAGAACCAAAGUCACCACCUCCGUCAGUUACAUCCUCAGCGAGUCAUUCCCGCCGUCAGCCGGUUCGUUCGAUCAGCAAUACGACGGCGUUUUGCGUCCGCUGCUGGAGUUCCUGGAGAGUAACGGCGCGCCGUUACUGGUCAACGUCUACCCGUUCUUCGCUUACCAGGGGGACCCACAGAAAGUGGGGCGUGACUACGCGCUGUUUUUGGCGAGUGGGAAUGUGGUGGUGGACCAGGGGCGGGCGUAUAGCAACCUUUUGGAUGCCAGCGUGGACGCGGUUUAUUCGGCUUUGGAGAAAUACGACGCCGGUUCCGUGAAGGUGGUGGUUUCCGAGACCGGGUGGCCGACGGCCGGAGGAGGGGCGGAAGUCACGACGGUGGAGAAUGCGAGGCUGUACAAUAAUAAUUUGGUGAAGCAUAUUGUGAAAGGAAGAGGGACGCCGAAAAGGCCCGGCGAGGAGAUGGAGGCGUACAUAUUUGCCAUGUUCAACGAGAAUCAGAAGCAGCCGGCUGGUAUUGAGAAUAAUUGGGGGAUGUUUUACCCGGAUAAAAGUCCCGUUUACCCUAUGCAAUUCCACUAAUUUGGGAUUAAGGAAAGUAAUUAAUUAAGUGAAUAAUUACAAUGGGAAAUG